AAGUCCCUCCGCUCGGAAAUAGGAGGAUCGCUGAAGUCGCGGAAGCGAAGGCCGGCGGGGCCCGUCGACUGGAGAGCGGCGAUUUUGGGGCGGCGAGCAGGAGACAGUUCACUCCGGCUUACAUUCUUCCGAGAGAGCCACAAAGUUUUGCUCCUCCAGCAACAGCCAUCCCUUCAUCAGCUGUCUGGCUUCUCUUGGUCCUGGUGUUAUCCUCUCCAUCCAUCAGCCUUACUCAUCUUCCUGGUCCUUUUCUGCGCUGAGCUCCAGUGCUCUCCGUCCUGUGACCCACUCCUGCAGCGGGUGUAGCCCAGCCAGACCUCUCCUCUUCUGGUCGGCCUGUCGGCAUGACGGGGCGAGGAGGACCGGCGCGAACCAAUGGCGCCGCCACCGCCGGAAACAAAAUCUGCCAGUUUAAACUGGUCUUACUAGGGGAGUCAGCUGUGGGCAAAUCCAGCCUGGUCCUACGCUUCGUCAAGGGCCAGUUCCAUGAGUACCAGGAGAGCACCAUCGGAGCUGCAUUCCUCACACAGACAGUCUGUUUGGAUGAUACGACGGUAAAGUUUGAGAUCUGGGACACAGCCGGGCAGGAGCGAUACCACAGCCUGGCCCCAAUGUACUACAGAGGAGCCCAGGCUGCCAUCGUAGUCUACGACAUUACUAACACAGACACUUUCACUCGAGCAAAGAACUGGGUAAAGGAGCUACAGAGACAGGCCAGCCCCAACAUUGUCAUUGCUCUGGCUGGAAACAAGGCUGACCUUGCCAACAAGAGAGCUGUUGACUUCCAGGAAGCACAGGCAUACGCGGAUGACAACAGUCUGCUGUUCAUGGAGACCUCUGCAAAGACCGCCAUGAAUGUCAACGAGAUCUUCAUGGCCAUCGCUAAGAAGCUUCCGAAGAACGAGCCACAGGGUGGGACAGGGCCUGGUGGGCGAGCUAGAGGAGGAGUUGACUUGCAGGAGGCAGCACCUCAGGGCAGAUCCGGCCAGUGCUGUGGAGGCGGGAACUAAGCAUCCAACCAGUCAUCUGUCAAAUACGGCCGAGGAUCAACGCAGACACAUUAUCAACACAGUACCAACUCAUAGUUCGACAGUUAUGUCUAUUCACAGCCUAAUUGGAAAAUCUAGUCAGUUAGACUGUGAUGUACAUCAGCAGCCCAGCAGAUUCUACUACUGAACUGACCAAAGGGGCCAUUGAUAUUCAUAACCACUUGUAAAUAUUUUGACCAAUUAUCCCUCCAGCCAGUAGACAGACUCCUCCAUAAGACCUGUGUUUCAGAAUCAGUCGACUGGCAUUGCUGUAAACAAUAAACAUUUACGCCCCCACCAAAACAAAGAGA